ACUGUGUAACCUGAAAACAGGUUCAAAAAUACAUUAUUUAGCCUACGCGACGUCCAAUCCGCUUGACAAGAGAACUAUCGACGUGCUAUAUGCGUAGUGAUUAGAUUUUCGAGUUCCCUCCGGUUUUAUACUGGGUGAUUUGAAACGCAUAUCGUUAUUAUCAAGUUUUAUCGUCGCAGGAGGGUUGGAGGGCCGCCGGUGGCUGGCACGGCACGCGGCCGCGUCCGUCGCUUUGUUAAUGAAGUCAUAUUGUGGGAAAACUCUGCAAUAUCGGACUCAGCAGUUUAGUUUAUUACCUGCUGAAAACACAACUCCACUACACAGCUAAUGCACAUUUGAAACUCAGUACAUGUCACUGAAAUGUAAAGCAGUAAUAUUGAAAGUAAAAUGUGUAUAGCAUUAAAUCUAACAUCAUAUAAAAAACAUUAUGUACUAGGCAACAAGUCAGGAUUGUUUAUCAGUCACCUAACAACAAACAAGCAAAAACAAUGACACAAAACAUGAAGAUAAUAUAGAUAAUUCACUGUUUAACUGUGGUAGUAUUAGGGACACUAUCAGUCAGCCAUGCGUGGAGGACAAUAUGGCAGGUGACACCGCCCGAGCGUGACCCACACCUGCACCCUCCCCCUACACUUACGCUAUAAUCAUUUUUCCCCAGUAAUAUUCCAAGCCUGCACCAAAAAACAGCUCAACACUAAACACCAUAGAUACAGCUUUGUUUGAUCAAUACUGGCCGCAUCAGUAGUGAGACUGGCUGACAAUGUGUUGUUGUCUGUGAAAAAGUUUCAGUUCCAUGUUUAAAAUUGAAUUGUGUUCCAAAAUGACGGAGAUGGGAUUUGAGAAUGUGUUUUACCUUGAGAACUUUGAGUGCGUGGGCGACGAAGUGCUGGUGGAGUCGUCGCCGCCCGCGUCGCCGGCGCACAUGGCGGCGCGGCUCGCGCACACCGCACAGAGUGCGACGGGCAGCGCGUCUUCUCCCGGGGAGGCGGUCCGGGACGCCCAGCUCAUCGUGAUCCCGGAGAUCAGCAACACCAUACAGCUUCAGCAUGCCAUGCAACAGGUGUCGAGCACAGUGGUGGAAGUGAACGGGGACUCAGGGUCGGGACACUCUAGUCCGAGCAAUGAGCAACACACGUACAUAGCCGUCGCGAUGCAAGGUUCUUGGGACCAAUACGGGCCUGGAAUGAUGCCGGUCAAGGCAGAAAUCCACAGUGAUCAUGAAAGCGAAGGCGGCAACAGCGUGAAUUACCAUGUACACUAUGUGGAGCCGCAGGAAUUGUACGGACAGGGGGAGGAGCCCACCAUGGAGACUCUCCGCACCUACCCCGUCUACGACGCGGAGGGCGUCCCACCGGCGGAGCCGUGGCGCGGGACGCCCUGCGCCGCCGCGCCCGCGCCGCGCAUGCCGCCCGCCACCAUACAGUGGCUGCACCAGCACUAUGAGGUGGCUGAUGGCGUGUCUCUACCCCGGUCCACUCUCUACUCGCACUACCUCCGCCACUGCUCGGCUCACCGGCUAGAGCCCGUGAACGCGGCGUCGUUCGGGAAGCUGAUACGAUCCGUGUUCGUGGGCCUGCGCACCCGCAGAUUGGGUACCCGUGGUAACUCCAAGUACCACUACUACGGCAUAAGGGCGAAACCCAACGCGCCCGACGCCAUGCCGCCCGACGCGGACGAACGCAACGACGACGCGCCGCCCGCUGAGGAGCCGCAAGAGCGUCCGCCCACGGACGUGUCGGAUCUGGGCGCGCGCGAGUGCCUGGGCGCCGCGCCCACGCCGCCGCCGCUCAUCGUCACCACUCUACCGGAGGAUAUGCCGCCCGCCGCGCCCGCCGCCCUCACUAACCAUCACAGGACAUACGGCGUGGAGUUCCUGGCCGCGGUGUCGGCACUGGACACGGGCGCGGCGGAGCGGGCGCGCCGCGCGUUUUGGAAGCGCCUGCCCGCGCCGCUCAGCAAGCCCACGCUCCACGCCCUGAUGGCUCUGCCCGAGGUGAUACAAUGGCUGCACAAGGCAGACUUGGCUCUACACCAGAGGGCAGUAGAGCUGUUGUUACCUGAUGUGUUAAGACCCAUCCCAGCGCCGCAAACACAGGCGAUCCGAAACUUCGCGAAAAGCGUAGAAUCGGCGUUAGCAGCCGGGUCGGCUGGUGCCCCGCCCGCCGCCGCUAAGGCGCAAGCGAAGGCGGCGGCGGCGCUGUCGGCCGCGCUGCGCCGCUACACGUCGCUCAACCACCUGGCGCAGGCGGCGCGCGCCGUGCUCACCAACCACACGCAGAUACACCAGAUGCUAGCCGACCUAAACCGAGUGGACUUCAAGGUGGUUCGCGAGCAAGCCGCCUGGGCUUGUUCCUGCACGUCGCCCGCCACCGCCUACCGACUGGAGGCCGACUUUAAGGCAACGCUAGGCCGCGGGGCAACCCUGGAACAAUGGGCGGUGUGGCUCGAAAACUGUGUUCGCACAGCCCUGGCGCCGCAUUCAGGCCGGGCCGACUAUAGCUCUCGAGCGAGGCGUUUGUUGCUGGACUGGUCCUUCUACUCGUCGCUCGUCAUACGCGAGCUCACGCUGAGGUCGGCAGCUUCAUUCGGCUCGUUCCACCUCAUACGUCUUCUCUACGACGAGUACGUGGCGUACCUGAUCGAGCGGCGCGUCGCGGCCCACGAGCAGCGCGCGCCCAUCGCCGUCAUGCACCACGCACUGGACCCGGCAGACGAAGAAGAUGAGACGGAAGACUCGCGCCCUGACGAUGAAGAGGAUCCGGACUGGGAGUGGGACGACGAACAAGACGACUCGGACGCCGUCGUGUGCAAGAAACACAAGAUACAGUAGCCUGUGGGUGCGAGGGAGACGGGAGAUUGAUACUAGAUGCUGUAGUCUGUGAGUGUGAGAGAGACGGGAGAUAAACACAAGAUACAGAAGCCUGUAGGUGUGAAGGCGACGGGAGAUUAACACUAGAUGCAGUAGGCGAUAAGUGCGAAAGAGAUGUGGGUGGUGGCGUUGUGUGAAAGAGAUGGGAGAUGAGGCGUUAGAGGAAGAUUGAAGAGCUAAAGAUGCCUCGUCAACUGCAAUUUUACUUUCUGUUUCUCUUAAAGUGUCGGUGUCAAACAUGGGCUGAUAUUUAUGUUACAUACACUAAAGUUUAUUAUUUUAUCUCAGACAUGUGCAAAUUGUAAAGUUGAAUAAAAUGAAUUCAACUUGACGUUUGCACUUGUUAGUUUCAUAUCUGAGAUAAAAGACAAGUGGUGAAAAAAAGUGUUAGUCAGAUGAGCGUCGCCAUUUUUAUUGUAGUAAAAUUACCACAAAAUACGUAACGUCGGUUUAAAUAUUUAAUUGAUGGUUGGGGAUUGCAAACAAAAAAGGUAAACAAGGUUUUGCAACAGUGGUCUAAUAAGCCGAAAGAGGUCACACUGGUAGCUUUUGUUACUCCCUUUCAGCUUAGUAUACCUCUAAUAGAACACCCUGUAUUUGCGUUUUACAAGUUGGCGGCCUUAGUACUCAUUUUGGCCACGUGAUUAAUUAUCCUGCUGGCGCUGUAUUCGUUUGUUACGUAUGCAUGUAAACACGCUUUUGAGUUUAUAUAGGUAGGACGGUGCAUUCGGUUAAGAACUGAACCUUUAAAUUAAAACAACUUUUUAAGACCAUAGCCGAAUGAUCAUUUCUUAACUGAAUGCUAUGUAAUCUGCCGUGUGUGUAUAAAUUAGUUAGUUCAAUUUGCAUAACAUACAGUAGGUAUACCCUGCAUCGCAUUUAAUUGAUAAAUUAUGUAUUUUUUCCAAUCUCUACAGGGCCGAAAGCUUAGAGAAAACCUCCCAUUAAUAAUUGUAUUAUAUUUGUAUUGUGUAUUUAUAUCUGAACGCAACAUUCAAAACAUAAUUAAGUAUAUCUUAAGUGUAUCUGAAAAAUAUUACCAUUGCAAAUUAGCAAAUUGCGUAUGAUCCAUUAGAUGCGGGGCACCCUGUAUAUUGUGUUAAUAUUUAUAAGAUAAUCGGUUUAAUAAUUGUUAAUUUAAUUUUGUAAAUAGUAAAUGUAUUUUUGUUUAAGCAUACGUGUAUACAGCUGUUGUAUAAGUGGUUUAGUAACACCCUGUAUACAGUAUGCAACGCAGUCAUGUUUAGUGUUGUACCAAAGACAGGAUUAUAGAGCUCUAUUUUAUUAUAUAUUGUGGAUCACUUACAUUUUAUUUUAUUAAUAGCACAGGUUUUGCGUUCUAUAAUUUAUUGUAAGUAUGUUGUAAUUUGCAAUGAUUAUAAAAUCAUUAUACUAG